AUGUCUACCCCACAACCACCAUACCCUCUGGACCCUUCCGUUGAGCACCUUCUGGAACCACAAUACGUUGAGUUCUACAACAAAUAUAUCAUUAACCAACAAGUCGUCCACCAUCAACCUGUUGAAGCGUCGCGUUCUUCCGGGGUGCUUAUUCCGGGUGCUAGUGAUGCCCUAGAAGUUGCCAAAAUCGAGGACUACACCCUCACCAGAACGGAAACCAAAGGUGAAUCUUUCAAGGUCAGAGUCUUCACUCCAACAUCUCCCAAACCCGAGGCUGGAUAUCCUAUCUUCUUGUAUUUCCAUGGAGGUGGCUGGGUACUCGGCAAUAUCAACACAGAGAACGUUCACUGCACUAAUUGGGCUCAGAGAGCUGAAUGUGUGUGUGUUUCGGUGGACUAUCGUCUAGCUCCGGAACACCCAUAUCCAGCAGCCGUUGAAGAUGCUUGGGAAUCUUACUUAUGGCUGGCCAAUGGCGGUGCUUCAUUGAUUGGUGGAGACCUCACCAAAUUGGCCGCUGGCGGUUCUUCUGCUGGGGGUAAUCUUACUGCUAUUCUCACUCACAUGAUUACCGAGAGACAGUCUUCAACUCCUAGUCUACCCUCUAUCUGUUUCCAAUUAUUAGUCGUUCCUGUUACCGAUAACACCGCAGAUGGUGAUAUUUAUUGGACUUAUGAUAAGUUCCAAAAUACUGCAGCUUUGCCUCGGGAAAAGAUGCUCUGGUACAGAUAUAAAUAUCUGCCAGAUGAAAAGACCUGGAGCGAGCCAAGAGCAUCUCCUCUGUACUAUCCGGAGAGGUCAUUUAAGAGUUGUCCCCCCGCCUAUGUGGCUGUUGCUGAGCUUGAUGUACUACGUGCUGAGGGCGAGUUUUAUGCUGCCAAAUUGCAAAGAAGUGGUGUGCCUGUGAAAGUGAAGGUGUAUAAGGGUGUUCCUCAUGUGGUGAUGGCCAUGGAUGGGGUUUUGGACCGGGGUAAGGAGCUGGUGUCAGACUGUUGUGAGGAGCUAUAUAAAGCAUUUCAUUAG